AUGAACAAACUUCUCUGGAGCUGUGCUGCACUUUUCACUCUGUUUGUUACAGUUGAGUCUCUCACCUGUAACACCUGUGACACUUCAGUCUUCGGCUACUGUCUCAGCACCAAAGCUAUAAACUGCACUGGAACUCAGGACCAAUGCUACUCUGGAGUUGCAACAUUUAGUAGCGACGAGAUCUUGGAUAUCCACUCAAGAGGCUGCAUAACAAAAACUUCCUGCAAAAACUCCACCAAUCUAGCCAUCUUCACUGUAAAGUACAACAUAAUCAUGCACUGCUGCACAACUAACUACUGCAACGGAGCCACCUCCAUCCGGAUGCCUCUGACGACAGCUGUGGGUGCUGCUCUGGUGGCCAUUUGGACCAGAUGGAGCCUUUAGACAGGAGGAUUUCUGCAUCAUUCUUGUUUUUGAUAUAACAUUCACAGCACGCCAGUAUCC